AGCCCUCCUGUGGGCCUCUCCAGGACCAUGUCCUCACUGUACAGCAGCAAUGAUAAAUGCGACCCUGACUAAACUAAUCAAUGCUUACAAGGAGCUCCACUCGGAGCAGGAGGAAGAGAGAGAGCUCCUUGUGAUUGAGUUCAAGAACAUCAAGACCCUCCGGGAGCACCUGGAGUACCUGGUGUCCCUGCAUGAGAGCUCCUUGAGAAAUACAGUUAUGAGGAGGAGGGUGCAGCCCAUACGCGUCUGCACUCCGGCCAUGAUUCAAAGAGCCAUUCAGGAGAUGAAUGAGGUUCAUGCCACCCUGCAAGCAAAGUUAUCAUCAGCCCCCAGCAGGCAGUGGACUGUGUCUCUUGGGUGGGGCUCUGGAUCUCUGAGCAACCGGAACUUCCAUUGAGGAGCUCUAGGAAUUGUUACCAACUCAUUUCUCUUGUUGAAAGGUCCCAGGGCAGGGCUGGGUGGCAGCUCACCUGGUUGAGCGUACAUGUUACAGUGCUCAUGGGCCCGGGUUCAAGCCCCUGGUCCCCACCUGCAGGGAAAAGCUUUGGAAGUGGUAAAGAAGGGCUGCAGGUGUCUGUCUAUCUCUCUGUCUAUCUCCCUCUCUAUCUCCACCUUCCUCUUGACUUAUGACU